AUGGCUGCUUCACCUAAGCCAACUGUCAUUGGCCUUUAUGGCAUUUCCGGCUCGGGCAAGUCAUUCUUGCUGGAAUAUCUGCGACAGAAACUCGACCCGGCCGAAUUCAUCUUGUACGAAGGCUCAGACAAGAUUGCAUCCCUCAUUCCUGGUGGUCUGGAAGCUUUCCACACGCUAGACGCACAGGACAAGUCAAACCUGCGUGGCCAUGCAAUCAACGCGAUUAGCAAGGAAAGUCAUGACAGUGGACGAACUGCAAUCGUGACUGGACAUCUCAUGUUCUGGAAAGAACAAGAUGCUUCUGGCCAACUGGUGUAUACUUCAAAUGACCUAGCAACGUUCACACACAUUAUUUAUUUGAACAUGCCGGCCGGUCUCAUCUCGCAGCGCCGCUUGAAUGACCAACAGAAAGGUCGCAAUGUCAUGUCUGAAGACCACCUACGCAGAUGGCAAGAGACAGAGAUUUUCUUUUUACGCAACCUCUGUCGUGAGAAUCACAUCUUGUUCUACGGCAUGACUAAUACCGACACUCUGCAACCAAGAAUCAUGGAUCUAAUCCUGCAUUUCCAGCAGCCCAACACAGUCGAGUCUAACAUCACUCGAGUACAAGCCAAGCUGGACGAAAUCCUUACUUUGCCCAAGCACGAUGAUCUUGAGACGGUUCUAGUAAUGGAUGGCGACAAGACUCUCGCAGCAGAAGACACGGGCGUCUUGUUCUGGGAAACACUUGCUCGAGCUGAACCAAGUUCGGUCACAGGAUCUCCAUUGCAUGAGCUCUUCAGCAGUCGCUUUGGUUAUUCGGAAGCUGCUUUUCAACAAGCAACCCUGUUGUACGAAGAGAUAGCUGAUGAUGAACAAUUUGAGACUGUUUGCGAUACUGUGGCCGCGGGCAUAGUGAUGCACCCACAAAUCGCCUCCCUUCUGCGACUUGCCGCGGAACAAAGACACAUUGGUGCUCUGGUUGUCACAUGUGGGCUUGGCCACGUUUGGAGAAAGGUUCUAGAGAGGUACAAGUUGUCAGGGACGGUCCACGUCAUCGGCGGAGGUCGAAUUAAGGAUGGAUUCGUCGUUACUGCAGAGGCCAAAGCUGCCAUCGUCUCCCAACUACGAAAUGCCCAUCUCUAUGUUUGGGCAUUCGGGGACAGCCCCUUGGAUCUGCCGAUGCUCAAGGGUGCUGAUCAAUCUAUUGUCGUUGUUGGCGACAAGCAGACUAGAAGCCGGAGCAUGGACGAAGCCUUAUCCAAGGCCAUGGAUGAUAGAAACUUCCGACCACAGCAGGUUCUUCUCCCGAGUCAAUCAACACCGCGUCUGGACGAGAGCCGUCUGCCUUUAGUUCGCCUGGAUGAUCGACUGUUCAUUGAAUCAAUCAUGUGUCACCGCCGCUCCGUCCAGAUACUCCACGCUACGGACAGGCCUGCAGCACAACUGUUGACGGCACCAACCCGCGACGCUUCCAUUUCUGGCCCCGCCUUGAGGAAAGCCCAUGAGUUCGUCGGACAGUACUUGGCCAUCGAAUUCGUUACCCAACUGAUUGGUCUUCAAGAGUACACCAUUCCCCACGUACAGGGUCAUCAAACGACGGGCCAUCGACUACGCAAUGAGGAGAAAACUUCCAUUGUGGCGCUGAUGCGUGGUGGAGAGGCCAUGGCCUUUGGGGUCAACAUGGUGUUUCCUCAGGCAAUGUUUAUCCAUGCCUCAUCCCCACUGGACUUGAAAAAGCAUCACGUUGAUCAACAGCGCACCAUUCUUCUGGUUGACUCGGUUGUGAACAGUGGGAAAUCACUGAUGGAAUUCAUCAAGCACGUCCACGGCCUACAGGCCAAUGUUCGUAUCGUUGCUUUAGCAGGCGUUGUACAAGCAGACGUAGUCGUCGAGACGCACCCGCUCGCUGAACUCAUGAGACGUUAUGGCGCCAGUCUAGUCGCGCUGCGAAUCUCGAAGAACAAAUUCGUAGGCACCAAAGGCACUGACACUGGCAACCGAUUGUUUAAUACCAUGCAUCUGGCUUGA